CCCUGGGUUCAUUUGGGAGAAAGGGCAGGAGAGAAACUGAGCAAAUUAAAUAACUAAAACAAUUGUAUCUGCCCUCCUGGUAAGGAGAGAACUUCCUGAUCAGUUCUUUGCAACUUCUCCUUUUGAGCCCUUGUCUCUAUAAAAGGAGAACCAGCAGCAGAGAAACAGGGAGGGCCAACAGGGUGCUCCUCUCCUUUCUCCAGCUACGAUACAGCUACUGAAGAGUUGAAGCCAUGGCAAUGCUGAGGAGCCUCCUCCUUUUGGCUGGUUUGAUACUACUGAGUGGUCGUGGCAGUGCAAAGUACUAUGGGAAACAAUUUAUCGCAGCCUUCAUGCAAAAUUUUGAGACGAGCCAGGCCUCGCAAUCAAAAUUCCAGCUGUUCCUCACGGGUUACCAUGACUUGACCAUUGUGACUCUGUCAAUAGGCAGAUCUAUUCCCCAGAAAAGUUAUUCAAUUGGAGAUGGUGAAAUGGUGCCUGUGCAGAUUCCAGAGACUGCAGAGAUGAAAGGCAGCAGCAAAUUUGAUCAGUCUGUUGUGAUUCAGGCCAACAAGGACAUUUCUGUUGUCUUACUGUACCGGAAGUUAUAUUCUGUCGCAACCAUGGCUCUAUACCCGGUCCAUGAGCUUGGCACAACGUAAUAUGUCGUAACCCCAACGGGUACCAGAUCAACAGUCUACUUAAAAGAAUUUGCAGUUGCAGCUUGGCAGUUUGCCAAAGUUGAUAUUUUUUUGAAAGGGAAUGUGACCUUCAAUGGGGAGUUGCACACCGCAGGGACCAAACUCACCGUCUACCUUCAAGCUUUCCAGGUUGCCCAGCUGCAAAGCCAAGAUGAUUUGUCCGGCACCAGGAUCGAGUCAUCGGCACCCGUGGCAGUCUUUAGUGGGCAUGCUUGUGUCGUGCAAAAUCACCAGUGCGAUCACGUCGCUGAGCAGCUCUUGCCAGCCUCCAGCUGGGGAAGCACAUUUGUUGUCCCUCCGGUGUUUUUCCAAACCAAUGUGGACAUUGUGUAUGUGGUGGCUGCCCAGGACGCUCGCGUUCAUUAUCAGCUGGAAGAUCAGAAAGGCUUUCAAGACAUGGUGGCUGGGGAAGUCAGACAGUAUGAGAUAAGGUUCCCUAAGGCAUUUUAUAUCUCUGCUAAUGCUGGGAUCCAGGUCCUCUUCUUCUUCACUGGCCUCAAGACAGGAAACACAGGCUUCGAUCCAUUCCUCAUCAACAUCCCAGCCAUAACUAGCUAUGGCCUAUCCUACCGUGUUGAUAGCAUAGCAAGGUUUGAGAACUAUGCCAUUGUCAUCGCAAAAAGCUCUGAAACCAACAGCAUUACCAGAGACAAGACCGCUAUCACAGGCAUUCGAUGGAGAACUAUCCCUGGUUCACCCUAUUCGUGGGCUGUAUACAACUUGGGCACCGAACAUCAUUCCAUCUCUCUAGAACAUCCUCAAACUCCCUUUGGCGUCCUGGUUUUUGGGGGGCGAAACUUUGAAGGUUAUGGCUUCGCUGCACAACCUUUUGUCUUAUCUGAUUCCACCAAAGUCCCAAUUUUCUGCCCUGAGAACAGCCACCAAGAAGCCUGUGGAAAUGCUUGUCCAGCUACCUGUUCUGACCGAACCGCUCCUGAAACAUGCAGUGAUACCUGUGUGGAAAUCUGCCAAUGUGAUGAGGGCUAUGUCUUUAGUGCUGAGAAGUGUGUCCCAGUGGAGACCUGCAACUGUACCUAUAACAGCAUGACCUACAGUGCAGGGGAGGAGUUUUGGGCAGAUGAAGACUGUAAUACUCGCUGCAAGUGUGAUGCCAACCUAGGCAAGCCUAAGUGCCUAAAGGCUUCCUGUGCCCCCAACACAAAGUGUGUCAUGGUUAAUGGGGUCCGGGGUUGUCACGCCAUUAGCUACUCUACCUGUAUAGGAUCUGGAGACCCGCACUACACCACCUUCGAUGGAAAGAAAUUUGAUUUCAUGGGGACCUGCAUUUAUCAGAUGGCGGCAGUCUGCUCCAAGGACCCCACCCUCACCCCGUUUUUGGUCACGGUGGAGAAUGACAACCGGGGGAGUAAGGCAGUGUCCUUCACCAAGGUGGUGACACUAGAGGUCUACAACCUGACCAUCAGCCUGAGCAAAGAAAAUCCACGCAAGAUUAAGGUCAAUGGAGUCUUUGUGGACCUGCCAUUCUCCUAUGAAAAUAAACUGAAGGCCUACAUCAGUGGAGUCCAUGGCUUCAUCAAAGCAGACUUUGAUCUGAGGGUCAGCUUUGACUGGUACAGCUAUGCCAGGGUCAUUAUUCCCAACACUUAUGCCAAUGCUAUCUGUGGACUUUGUGGCAAUGCCAAUCAGGAUCCCAGUGAUGACUUUGUCAUGAAGGAUGGAACUCAGACGAGGGAUGAAAUCCAAUUUGCAGAUAGUUGGAAGGUGAAGGAGGUCCCAGGAUGCUCCGCAGAAUGUACCAGUAACUGCCAAGUGUGCAGCGAGGCAGAGAAACAGACCUACAAGGGGAACCAGUACUGCGGAAUCCUCAUUGGAAAGGAUGGUCCAUUCAGGCAGUGCCACGAGGCCAUUGACCCAACACCCUACUUUAAUGAUUGUGUCUUCGACACCUGCCAAUACAAGGGUCAUCAUGACAUUCUCUGCAGUGCCAUCAGUGCGUAUGUGACAGCCUGCCAAGCUCAAGGGAUCCAGAUUGGGCAGUGGCGAUCAGCCUCUUUCUGCAGCUUUUUCUGUCCACGUAAUUCCCACUAUGAACUCUGUGGAAAUGGCUGUCCUGACACAUGCCAGAGGCUCUCCUCUUCAAUAAUGUGUGAUGCCACAUGUACUGAAGGAUGUGUUUGUGAUACUGGCUUUGUCCUCAGUGGGGAUCAGUGCGUCCCUCAAGAAGAGUGUGGCUGUACACACCAGGGCCGAUACUACAAGAAGGGAGCGGAAUUUUACCCCCAUACCUCCUGCCAGGAGAAGUGUCACUGCAUGGACAAUGGAGCUAUCAGAUGUCAGAAGUUCUCCUGUGGAGCACAUGAGGAGUGCAGGGUGGAGAAUGGCAUCCUAGGCUGCCACCCUGUAGGAUACGGCACAGCUAUAGCAACUGGUGGCCCUCUUUAUAUUUCCUUCGAUGGGCUAAGCUCUCGUUUCCAAGGUUCUUGCACUUAUACCUUAGCCAAAGUCUGCAGCAAAGACCCGCGGCUGCAGCAGUUCUCUGUGUUGGUGGAGAAUGAGAAGCUUAAUGAUGAAUUGUUUGCUUUAGCGAAGAUUGUGAUCUCUGUUCUUGAACACACUAUUGUCCUUGAAAGGGAAGUGAAAGGGAAGGCAAUGGUAGAUGGAGAAUAUUACACUCUGCCAAUGAAUACAGCGAGUGGGAAUCUCUGGAUCACUCAGGAAGGGAACAAUAUCAUUAUCAAGGCAACCUUUGACAUCAUACUUCUUUAUGACACUUCCUCUUUCGUCCAUGUUUCUGUCCCCAACACCUACCAGGGGCAGAUGUGUGGUCUGGGUGGCAAUUUCAACGGUGAUGAGAGUGAUGACUUCAUGAUGCCUGAUGGAGAAUUUGCACAAAAUGUGGAUGAGUUUGUGGCCUCCUGGAAGGUUCCCGUGGAGGGUGCCAUUUGCUCUGAUGGCUGCGGUGAGAAAUGCCCUACCUAUGACCCAGCCCAGACUGCACCAUAUGAGGGUGAGAAGUCCUGUGGAAUGAUCACAUCUGAGACAGGGCCAUUCAAAGACUGUCACUCAUUGGUGAGCCCGGCUGAGUAUAUUCACCACUGCUUGUAUGACAUGUUGGCCAAUAACGGGGCACAAGAAUCCCUCUGUCGAAGCCUUCAGUCUUUCACAGCUGCAUGCCAGGUUGCUGGAGGCCAGGUUGGAGCUUGGAGAAAACUCUCCUUCUGUCCUAUGUCCUGCCCAGCUAACAGCCACUAUGAGACAUGCACAGCAUCUUGCGACUACAGCUGUGCCAGCUUUUCCGCUUGGGCGCAAUGCACAAAGAACUGCUUUGAAGGCUGCCAGUGCAAUGACGGCUACCUGUUUGAUGGGGAUGCAUGCGUGCCUGUGGACAAAUGUGGCUGUGUGCAUAAUGGUGUAUACAUAAAGACCGGAGAAAACAUCUUCUCAAGCAACUGCACAGCAAAAUGCACUUGUAAUCCCUUUGGUCGAAUCACUUGUGAGAAAACUAGCUGCCAAGGGGAAGAUCUCUGUGCACUGAGAAAUGGUGUGCGUGGCUGUGAGCCCACGGAAGGCCAGUGCAAACUCACCCCAAAAGCCCAGCUCACUUCCUUUGAUGGUGCCUCAGUGAAGUAUUUCUGCGGUGGGGUUUAUGACGUGGCUACAGUUUGUGAUGAAAGCGCCCCCUACUGGUUUAGGGUGUCAGUCAGCAUUGAAAAGGACAGUGAUGACGGUUUGGUUGCUGUGAAGGCAGUCUAUUUUUUCUUCCAGGAUGCAUCCAUCACUGUUAAAAGGAACAACAGGAUAUGGGUAAAUGGGCGUUCUGUAAGGCUGCCGUACAAGAUCUCCAGAGCCCUGUCUGUGAACAAAGUUCAGGAUGGGAUUGUGAUUGACCAGAUCUCUCAAGUGCAAGUUCACUUUCGUUCUGACGGGGAGGUGACAGUGAGAGUCAGGAAGACCCUUGCAGGGAAGCUGUGUGCCCCAUGUGGAAACUUCGAUGGGGACAGCUCUGAUGACCUAAAGCUGCCCAGCGGGGAGAUUGAGACGAAUAUUCCUGAGGUCCUACAUGCCUGGGAGGCCAAAGACCUCGCAACACUCUUCUUCAUCAUGCCAAGGCAAGUUUAUUGGCAGGCUCAAGCCAUGGCAAUGAGGAGAUUCCUGUGCAUGUUCAUUGGUGUGGUGCUAUUGGCUGGGCCAUGUAUUGCGAGUUCCCAAGGAAAGGAAUUUGUCACAGCCUUCAUGCACAACCUCAAGCAAAAUAAUCGCAAUACUAAGCUGGAGCUACUUAUCACCGGAUAUCACCCUGAAACCACUGUCACAGUGACGGCAAACAAUGCUACAUUCAAGCGUACCGUUCCUGUUAAUGAAGGGCAAACGGUGUCAGUUGAGCUUCCAAGUUCCACAGAGAUGAUGGUGUCCGACAUCUUUGAUAGGGCUGUGCUGAUCCAAGCAGACAAAGACAUCUCUGUCUUUUCCAGCAAUCACAAGGAGUAUUCAACUGGUGCUACGGUAGUGUACCCGGUCCAGCAGCUGGGCACAUCAUAUUAUGUGGUAACCCCAGUGGGUGACAUGGUAGACACUUACAAAGAAUUUGCAGUGGUAGCCUAUCAAAACCCCACUCGAGUCAAAAUUCACCUGACAGGGCCUGUGACACUGAAAGGGACAGUUUAUCCUGCUAAGAGCAUGCCGGUUGUUGACCUCAAGGCCUUCCAAGCAAUCCAGCUGCAAAGUGUGCAUGAUUUGUCUGGCACCAAGGUUGAAUCAAGGGGACCUGUGGCUGUCUUGAGUGGGCACAGCUGUGCUAAGAACUACACCAAUUGUGACCAUGUUGUUGAACAGCUCCUCCCUGUUUCCCACUGGGGUACCACCUUUAUUGUCCCUUCACUAUCCUUUCAGAACAAAGGUAACAUAGUGUAUGUCAUUGCUUCCAAAAAUUCUUUAGUCACAUAUCAAUCUGGGCCCACAUCAGGCUCCUAUAGUAUGAAAGCUGGAGAAGUUAUUCGGUUUAGUGUCCAUCCUUCUCAGUCACUUUACAUCUCAGCUGAUGGAAGAAUUCAGGUCCUUUUCUUCUUUGCUGGUGCAUCAAGAGGAAGCAGAAUCUAUGAUCCAUUCCUCAUCAAUAUUCCUGCAUUAACAAGCUAUUGCAGCUCAUACCACCUUGAUUUAAUGGCCAAGUUUGAUAAUUACGCAGUCAUUAUAGCCAAAACCUUGGAAUCCAAUGAGAUCACAUUAGAGAAGAGGGGCAUUGAAAACAUCCAGUGGAGACCAAUCCCAGGCACAGAAUAUUCUUCUGCUCAACUCAGCUUGAGCAAAAAAGCUAGUGCUCUCUCCCUAGAGCACCCCAGCACUCCUUUUGGGCUAUUCAUCCUUGGAACCUCAUACCGAGAUGGCUACGGCUCCGUGGCCCUUUGCUCAUCCAGUCCCACCUCACCCCCAAUACCCUGCCCUGAGAACAGCCACUACGAGGCCUGUGGAAAUGCCUGCCCAGCGACCUGUUCGGACCGAACGGCUCCCUCCAAAUGCGAAGACACCUGUGUGGAAAUCUGCCAGUGUAACGAGGGCUACGUCUUUGGUGCUGGGAAGUGCGUCCCAGUGGAGAGCUGCCCCCCCAUAGGUCCCACCUCACCCCCAAUACCGUGCCCUGAGAACAGCCACUACGAGGCCUGUGGAAAUGCCUGCCCAGCAACCUGUUUGGACCGAACGGCUCCCUCCAAAUGCGAAGACACCUGUGUGGAAAUCUGCCAGUGUAACGAGGGCUAUGUCUUUGGUGCUGGGAAGUGCAUCCCAGUGGAGAGCUGCCUCCCCAUAGGUCCCACCUCACCCCCAAUACUGUGCCCUGAGAAUAGCCACUAUGAGGCCUGUGGAAAUGCCUGCCCAGCUACCUGUUUGGACCGAACAGCUCCCUCCAAAUGCGAAGACACCUGUGUGGAAAUCUGCCAGUGUAACGAGGGCUACGUCUUUGGUGCUGGGAAGUGCGUCCCAGUGGAGAGCUGCCCCCCCAUAGGUCCCACCUCACCCCCAAUACCGUGCCCUGAGAACAGCCACUACGAGGCCUGUGGAAAUGCCUGCCCAGCAACCUGUUUGGACCGAACGGCUCCCUCCAAAUGCAAAGACACCUGUGUGGAAAUCUGCCAGUGUAACGAGACCUACGUCUUUGAUGCUGGGAAGUGCGUCCCAGCAGAGAGCUGCCCCUGCACUCACAAAGGCAUUUUGUACAAUGCAGGGCAGGAGUUUUGGGAUGAUGAAAGCUGUCAUACACUCUGCAAGUGUGACCCCAAAUUAGGGACGGUUGUGUGCUUAAAGGCUUCUUGUGAGGCCAACAAGAAAUGUGCCCUGGUUAAUGGGAUCUUGGGCUGUCAUCCCAGCAGCUACUCCACCUGUAUAGGAACUGGGGACCCUCACUACACCACCUUUGAUGGAAAGAAGUUUGAUUUCAUGGGAACCUGCAUUUAUCAAAUGGUGGCAGUCUGCUCCAAGGACCCCACCCUCACCCCGUUUUCGGUCACCGUGGAGAACAACAACCGGGGGAGUAAGGCAGUGUCCUUCACCAAAGUGGUGACACUAGAGGUCUACAACAUGACCAUCAGUCUGAGCCAAGAGCAUCCACGGAAGAUUAAGGUCAACGGGGUCUUUGUGGACCUGCCAUUCUACUACAAAAAUAAACUGAAGGUCUACAUCAGCGGAGUCCAUGGCUUCAUCAAAACAGACUUUCAUCUGAGAGUUAGUUUUGACUGGUACAGCUAUGCCAGGGUCAUUAUUCCCAACACUUAUGACAAUGCAGUCUGUGGACUGUGUGGCAAUGCCAAUCAGGAUCCCAGCGAUGACUUUGCCAUGAAGGAUGGAACUCUAACAGUGGAUGAAAUCCAAUUCGCUGAUAGUUGGAAGGUGAAGGAGGUCCCGGGGUGCUCUGCAGGAUGUACCAGUAACUGCCAAGUGUGCACUGAGGCAGAGAAGCAGACCUACAAAGGGAACCAGUUUUGUGGGAUCCUCAUCAGAAAGGAUGGGCCAUUCAGGCAGUGCCACAAGACCAUUGACCCAACACCCUACUUUCAUGAUUGCGUCUUCGAUACCUGUCAGUACAAGGGUCACCAUGAUACUCUGUGCAGUGCCAUCAGUGCCUACGUGACAUCCUGCCAAGAUCUGGAUGCCCAGGUUGGGAAAUGGAGAUCAUCCUUCUUCUGUGGUCUUCCUUGUCCACCAAAUUCCCACUAUGAACUUUGUGGAACUGGCUGUCCUAAGACAUGCCAGAACCGCUCCACUACAAUAAAGUGUGAUGCUCCGUGUACAGAAGGAUGUUUUUGUGAUUCUGGAUUCUUCCUCAGUGGGGAUCAAUGUGUCCCUCUUGUAGAAUGUGGCUGUGUGUACUAUGGCAGAUACUACAAGAAGGGAGAGGAGUUCUUCCCCAUUCACUCCUGUCAGGAAAAAUGCCGGUGCAUGGACAAUGGAGUCACCAAGUGUCAGAAGUUCUCCUGUGGAGCACAUGAAGAGUGCAGGGUGGAGAAUGGCAUCCAAGGCUGUCACCCAGUAGGAUAUGGCACAGUUCUAGCAUUUGGGGACCCUCAUUAUAUUUCCUUCGAUGGACAAAGCUUUCGUUUCCAUGGCUCUUGCACUUACACCUUAGCCAAAGUCUGCAGCAAAGACCCGCGGCUACAGCAGCUCUCUGUGCUGGUGGAGAAUGAGAAGCUUGAUCAUGGGCAUUUGGCUCUAAUAAGGAAGGUUGUGAUCUCUGUUCACAAAUAUACUAUUGUCCUUGAAAGGGGAGUGAAAUGGAAUGCGAUGGUGGAUGGAGAGUUCUACACUUUGCCAGUUAAUAGAGAUGACAAGAAACUCUGGAUCACUCAGGAGGGGAACAAUAUCAUUGUCCAGUCAUCCUUUGGCCUCACAGUCCUUUAUGAUACCUCCUCAUAUGUUUGGGUGUCUGUCCCCAGCACCUACAAGGGACAGAUGUGUGGUCUGGGUGGCAAUUUCAAUGGUGACGAGAGCGAUGAUUUCAUGCUUCCCAGUGGAAACCUCACUGAAAGUGUAGAUGAGUUUGGAGCCUCCUGGAAGGUCGCUGUGGAUGGUGCCAUUUGCUCUGAUGGCUGCGGUGAGGAAUGCCCUACCUAUGAUCCAGCCCAGACAUCACCCUAUGAGAAUGAGAACUCCUGUGGAAUGAUUGUAUCUGAGACAGGCCCAUUCAAAGACUGUCAGUCAUCCAUGAGCCCUUCUGAUUACUUUGAGCACUGCUUGCACGACAUGAGUGUGGCCAAUGGGGCACCAGAACACCUCUGUCGAAGCCUUCAAGCCUAUGGAGCUGCAUGCCAGACUGCUGGACUCAAGGUUGAAGCCUGGAGAACAGCGUCCUUCUGUCCCCUCACCUGCCCGGCCAACAGCCACUAUGAGGCAUGCACAAGAGCAUUUUGUGAUUUCAGCUGUGCCAGCUUGUCUACUUCAGUCCAGUGCACAGGCAAAUGCUUUGAAGGCUGCCAGUGUGAUGAUGGCUACUUGUAUGAUGGAGAUGCAUGUGUACCUACAGACAAAUGUGGCUGUGUACAUGAUGGACUCUACCUCAAAGUUGGAGAGACCUUCUUCUCAAGCAAUUGCAGUGAGAAAUGCACUUGUAGCAUCUUGGGCAAACUUACCUGUGUUAAAAGCAGCUGCCGCACAGGAGAGACCUGCACACUUAGGGAAGGUGUUCGCAGUUGUGUGAGCAUGGAAAGUCUGGAAGGCCAGUGCAAACUCACCCCAGGAGCCCAGCUCACUUCCUUUGAUGGUGCCUUAGGGAAAUACCUCUGCAGUGGAGUUUAUGACGUAGCUUCUGUUUGUGACAAAAGCGCCCCCUCUUGGUUCAGGGUGGCAGUGAGCAUUGGAAAGAACAGCGAUAAUGGCUUGGUAGUCGGGAGAGCAGUCUUUGUUUUCUUUCCGGAAGCAUCCAUCACUGUUAAAAAGAACAACAGGACAUGGGUAAAUGGCCGUCCAGUAAGGCUGCCAUACAAGAUCUCCAAAGCUGUGUCUGUGAGCAAAAUUCAGGAUGGGAUCUUGAUUGACCAGGCCUCUGAGGUGCAGAUUCACUUUCAUCCCAGUGGAGAGGUGAGAGUGAAAGUCAAGAAGUCCCUUACAGGGAAGCUGUGUGCCCCGUGUGGAAACCUCAAUGGAGAUAGCUCUGAUGAUCUAAGGCUGCCCAGCGGGAAGGUUGAGACAAACGUUGCUGAGGUCCUACAUGCUUGGGAGGCUGAAGAUUUCUAAUAUUAUUACGUUGCUCUAUGGGCAGUUGCUCUAUGUUGCAACAUAAAGACUGCAGAUCUGCUUAUUUUUAACUUUCUUCUGAGUAGACACAUAGAUGAUUAUACUGUAGUAUUGUUCCCUUGGAAAAAACUUCACAAAAAGCUGAUUUUGUUUAAUUAACUCAGGAUUGCUUCUGCAUAAUUUAACGAUAAUACAGUUGACCAUUCAGCUUUAAA